AUGUUUAAUAUGAUGCACCUCAUAUCAAAGGGCCCCCAGAGCCCAGCAGCAGCAGCAGCAGCAGCAGCAGCAGCAGCAGCUGUUGAGCAGCAGCAGCAGCAGCAGCAGCAGCAGCAGCAGCAUGUGUUUGUAGAUGAAAAUACGUGGCAGGUGAACAGCGCGAACUACUCUGAUGCUGCAGCAGAGACAAGCAGACACCACAGAGGCAAAGGGAAGCAGCAGCAGCAGCAGCAGCUGCUGCAGCAGCAGCUGCAGCAGCAGCAGCAGCAGCAGCACAUAGGGGCUGAGCUGCUGCAGUCAGACAGAGAAGCAGAUUGCUGCGGCGAUGAAGACUGCUGCGGCUGCUGCUGCUUGCCCAGUGGAGAUGACUGUGCUGCUGCUGCUUCUGCUGCUGCUGCUGCUGCAUGCGACUGCUGCAGCACAGCAGCAGCAGCAGCAGCAGCAGCAGCAACAGCAGGAGAUGUACAGUGGGAGGAUGAGCAGCAAGGAGUAGAAGACGAAGACAGCUGCAGCAACAGCUGCUGCUGCUGCCACCACGAGGACCCUAUGGAGCCUCAGGUACCCUUUAGCGCAGCAGCAGCAACAGCAGCAGCAGCAGCAACAGCAGCAGCAGCAGCAACAGCAGCAGAGCGACGACGCGGGCCCCUUGAUAAACGAGUUGUGCUGCAGCGGGAGCUGCAGGAGCUUCACAGGAAGCAGCAGCAGCUAUUAGAGAGACACCAGCGGCUGCAGCUGCAACGCAUGCAGCAGCAGCAGCAGCAGAUGCUGCAGCAGCAGCAGCAGCAGCAGCAGCAGCGAACUGCAGCACGCAGCGUCAGCCCGGCUGGCCGCCGCACCCGCAGAGAACAGAAAAAAGCACCCUGGAAUACAGACCUACACGAUAUAGUGCAGCAGCAGCAGCACCAGCAGCAGCAGCAGCAGCAGCAACAGCACCAGCAGCAGCAGCAACAACAGCACCAGCACCAGCAGCACCAGCAACAGCAGCACCAGCAGCAGCAACACAACCACCAGCAGCAGCAGCACCACCACCAUCAGCAGCAAUAA